AGCAUGGCUGACAAUCGGCACGGAAAGGACACCGAAGCCCGGCGGCUCCCUGACUCCUUUAAGGAUAGCCCCAGUUCGGGCCUUGGACCUUGUGGAUGGAUUUUGGUGGCCGUCUCGUUCUUAUUCACAGUCAUAACUUUCCCAAUAUCAGUAUGGAUGUGCAUAAAGAUUAUAAAAGAGUAUGAAAGAGCCAUCAUCUUUAGAUUGGGCCGCAUUUUACAAGGAGGAGCCAAAGGACCUGGUUUGUUUUUUAUCCUGCCAUGCACUGACAGCUUCAUUAAAGUGGACAUGAGAACGAUCUCGUUUGAUAUUCCUCCUCAGGAGAUCCUCACUAAGGACUCAGUGACCGUCAGUGUGGAUGGCGUGGUCUAUUACCGUGUUCAGAACGCGACCCUGGCUGUGGCAAACAUCACCAAUGCUGACUCAGCAACCCGUCUUUUGGCACAGACUACUCUGAGGAACGUUCUGGGCACCAAGAACCUUUCUCAGAUCCUUUCUGACAGAGAAGAAAUCGCACACAACAUGCAGUGUACUCUGGACGAUGCCACCGAUGACUGGGGAAUAAAGGUGGAGCGUGUGGAGAUUAAGGAUGUGAAGCUACCCGUGCAGCUCCAGAGAGCUAUGGCCGCAGAAGCCGAAGCAUCCCGGGAGGCCCGAGCCAAGGUCAUUGCAGCUGAGGGAGAAAUGAAUGCAUCCCGGGCUCUGAAAGAAGCUUCCAUGGUCAUCACUGAAUCUCCAGCAGCCCUUCAGCUUCGGUACCUUCAGACAUUGACCACCAUCGCUGCUGAGAAAAACUCAACCAUUGUUUUCCCUCUGCCCAUAGAUAUGUUGCAAAGCAUUGUGGGAGCCAAACACUGAGUCGUGCACGACAGACCA